AUGGGAGGGUGCUUAUCGGUGGAGGUGAUUGCAGAGAGCGCGCCCAGUUCGCCCUUCGGUAACGUCACAUCCACCACGCCCAGAUCCCGCGCUCAUUCCGUCGUUUCCACCCCUGGUGGUAACCAGCGUUACGCGACAGGGUUUUCGCCACGAACGCCGAGGGAAGCUGGGGAUGGGAGCGAGGCGGAGGGUAACGGAGCAGGGGGCGGAGGGGUGGCGGGUGGAGGGGGGAAGUUUAGAAGGGGCGCGGGGAGGGGGAAAAGGGUGGGGAGCGGAGUUGGCGGAGCGAAGGCCGUGUCUAGCGGCGGGGGGAGAGGGGGCGGAGGGGAGGGAGGGGAAGGAGGGUGGGGACGGGGAGCGGAGAGGCAAGGGGGGGCGGUAGGGAGGGGGAAUGGGAGAGGGGGAGGAGGGGACGGGUACGGCGGAGGUGGCAACUUGGCAGCACCGCAGAGCGUGCCUGUGGAGCAAACAGCUGGUGUCCCAUCGCACACCAGGGUGCUGCGCAGGCGGUGGCUUGGCAGCACAGCACUGCAGAGCGAGCCUGUGGAGCAAGCAGAUGGUGUUGCAUCAGGUAGGGAGGGGCUACUGGCUUUUGAGGCGCCUCAAAACGUGACAGCACAGCAGCGCAGAGCGUGCCUGUGGAGCAGCAAGCAGGUGGUGUCCCAUCAGAGCGUGACUGGCGAGCACGCAGGUGGUGUUGCAACAGCUAGGAGGGCUGCUCUGCCUGCCCCCACCUUUCCACCCUUCCCACCCACGUGCCCAUCACCCCUCUCCUCUUCCCCUCCCCCCACGCUCCCCUUGUUUUUCCUUUCUCUCUUCCCCCACCAUUUUCCCUCCCUCAACCCCCAUUCCCCUCCGGCCCCCAACACCGCCCCUUUUUCGACGUUGGCUUUGGACCAACCACCCCUGAACUCACUUCCUUCCACCAACUCUUUCCCACCCAGGGAACCCAAGGCCAGAACCACCCACCUCAGAUGCCACCUUCACCAACUCAGCCGACCUUUUCCGCCGCCCAGCCAACAACAUGCCACCUCCACCAACUCUGCCGGCCUUUCCGCCACCCAGUCGACGUCCUCCGAUCCCAAGGACGGGCGGGGCACCGCCCGCAAGUUCCGGCUGCACGAGCUGCGGGCGGCGACGUCGUCUUUUAGCAAGAAGGCGGUGCUGGGGCGGGGCAGCUUCGGGGAGGUGUAUCUGGGGAAGCUGGGCGGGAAGGAGAGCAAGGAGGUGGUGGAAGUGGCGGUGAAAAAACUGAAUCCGGAGAGCUCACAAGGGCUGGACGAAUGGUUGCUUUGGGAGGAGUAUCUGGGGAAGGAGAGCAAGGAGGUGGUGGAAGUGGCGGUGAAGAAACCGAAUUCGGAGAGUUCUCAGGGGCUUGAUGAAUGGCUGGUGAGUGGGUGGAGAGCUCUCUCCUUUGACCCCACUCCUCCCCCACAGGCGGAGAUAGUGCUGCUGAGGAAGCUGCACCAUCCCAAUCUGGUGGAGCUCAUAGGCUACCGCAACUCUCAGACGUCGUUCCUUUCUCUUCUCCUCUUCAUAUCUCCCACCCCUUCCGCCCUCUCUUCUCCCCCACAGGCGGAGAUAGUGCUGCUGAGGAAGCUGCACCAUCCCAAUCUGGUGGAGCUCAUAGGCUACUGUGCAGAGAAGGGUGAGGCGCUGCUGGUGUAUGGGCUCUGCCCUAAUGGCAGCCUGGACGACCGCCUAUUCCCCCGUGAGGCGGGAGGUCGAUAUCAUCAACUGGCCCACGAGCGUGUGGAUAGGGCGGAUGGAGGAAGGAGAGCAGAAGUGGACACCAGUUAG